ACUCGUUAUUCCCAUUUUAAUUUCCCUUUCCUUCUUAUCCCUCUCUCUCUCUCGCCCUUUCCCUUCACAUCUCACAACGCAAACCCCUCCCUCUCUCUCUCUCUCUCUCUACUGUAUACGCUCUCUCUCUCUCUAGACCGCGCAUCCGUAUCUAGAGGUUUUAGAGAUGAAGGGAGGUAGAUCGAAAGCGGAGCCCAAGAAAGCUGAUAGCAAGCUCGCAGUGAAGAAGAGCGCCCCCGCGGCGAAGCCCGGGAAGAAGCCGGCGGCGAAGAAGGCGAAGGCUACGAAGGAUCCUAACAAGCCUAAGAGGCCUGCCAGUGCCUUCUUCGUUUUCAUGGAGGAGUUCAGGAAGACGUUCAAGGAAAAGCAUCCCAACAACAAAUCGGUUGCCACUGUUGGAAAAGCCGGUGGAGACAAGUGGAAAUCAAUGUCAACUGCUGAGAAAGCACCCUUCGUUGCAAAGGCCGAGAAGAGGAAAACCGAAUACAACAAGAACAUUGAGGCUUACAAUAAGAAAUUGGCUGAGGGACCGGCCGAUGACGAGGAGUCUGACAAGUCGAAGUCUGAGGUAGAUGAGGAAGAAGAUGGAGAGGAGGAGGAGGAGGAUGACGACGAUGAUGAUGAGUAGAUGAAAUGUGACACGGUAUGGGGAGUUAUUUUGUGGUGAAGAAGAGGAUUUGGGCCAAAAAGUUUGUGUAGGGAUUUCUAGAUCGAGAUGACCAACUCAAUUUGUCUCUGCUCUUUGUCUCUCACUACCAGGAUAAAAAUAGUUGUCUUUCGGUUACUUUUGGGAUUUUGGGAGGUCUUGUGAAGAAAGAAAUUAGCUUCAAGAACUCCUCAAAGACCAGUCGUCAAUAUUAAUGGCUCAUGUGUACUUUUUACUUGAUGUUCUUCAAAUUUCCAAUGAUUAUGCUUCUAGGGUUUCCGUAUCA